CGCUCUGAGCCGGGGCUGCUCGUGCUCCGCGCGUGACGAACGCUGCAUCCUAAUCGUUUUCUCCAUCCUUUGACGUAAAGAUGGCCUGCCAGGGACUGACGCAGGGGGAGAACCUGGCGUCGCUCAAGGCCGAGUCGGAGGGUUUAAAGCUGAGGCUGGAGGAGGAGAGAGCGAAGCUGCACGAUGUUGAGCUGCACCAGGCAGCGGAGAAAGUGGAGCCGCUGGGACAGCUCGUGACGAAAGCCCGGAGGUCGCUUAAGGGUCACGGGAACAAGGUUCUGUGCACGGACUGGUGCCGCGACAAGAGGAGGCUCGUGAGCUCCUCGCAGGAUGGAAAGGUCAUUGUGUGGGAAGCCUUCACAGCUAAUAAGGAGCAUGCAGUCACCAUGCCCUGUACCUGGGUGAUGGCAUGCGCUUAUGCCCCCUCUGGAUGUGCAAUAGCAUGUGGUGGACUGGAUAAUAAAUGUUCUGUGUAUCCUCUGUCACUGGAUAAGAAUGAGAAUUUGUCAGCCAAGAAAAAAUCAGUGGCUAUGCACACCAACUACCUGUCUGCCUGUAGCUUUACCAACUCUGAUAUGCAGAUACUGACCUCCAGUGGUGAUGGCACUUGUGCAUUAUGGGAUGUAGAGAGUGGGCAGCUUCUGCAGAGUUUCCAUGGACACUCGGCUGAUGUGUUGUCCCUGGAUCUUGCGCCCUCCGAGACUGGAAACACCUUUGUCUCUGGAGGUUGUGAUAAAAAAGCUAAUGUGUGGGAUAUGCGCUCAGGCCAGAACAUCCAGUCCUUCGAGACUCAUGAAUCAGACAUUAACAGUGUAAAGUACUACCCCAGUGGUGAUGCAUUUGCUACUGGUUCUGAUGAUGCUACUUGUCGUCUGUAUGACCUGCGAGCUGACCGUGAGGUGGCCAUCUACUCCAAGGAGAGUAUCAUCUUUGGGGCCUCCAGUGUGGACUUCUCCAUUAGUGGUCGGCUGCUGUUUGCUGGAUAUAAUGACUACACCAUAAAUGUGUGGGAUGUUCUGAAGGGCACCAGGGUGUCCAUCUUGUUUGGACAUGAGAAUCGGGUCAGCACAGUGCGGGUGUCUCCUGAUGGUACAGCGUUCUGUUCAGGAUCAUGGGACCACACCCUGCGAAUCUGGGCUUGAGCUGAGCCUUCUGUGGAAUCGGCGAUGUAGAUCCAGAGUGAAGACUGUGCGUGCACACAUCCAUGGUCGUCGGACAACUGACACAAAACUUACCACAGUCUGCUGGACUUUAAUAUGACUUUAAUAUGAAUAGAUCUUAAAUUUAGACCGAGAUUACACCUUUUUGUCCAUGACAAAUAAGUAAGUAUAAUCCGCCGUUUUCAUCAGUCCUCUCCUGGUCACUGAUCACCAAAGUAUGUUGUUACAUCUGUUUGCAAAAUUAUGUUUGUAUAUAUUGUAAAAUAAUAAUAAUAAUAAUAAAGAAAGAAAAUAAAGGAAAAAAAAGUGUG